AUUUUGUGCGGAUGCGGUUACCUCGACGGUACUGAGAUUUCGGAAGCCAUUUCAGCGACGAUACACAUCUGCCAGAAGGAUAUGAGGCCGCGGUUUUACGCGCCGGAUAUAGACAUUUGCAAAACUAUCGAUCAUUUGGCUAAGCAGCCAGACUCGAGCUGUCCAUCUAGGAACGCUCUGGUCGAGGCAGCCAGAUUGGCUAGAUCAUCUAUAAAGCCGUUAUGCGAGUGCGAAGCUUGCUCGCACGCGGCGCUAGUAAUCCCUGGAGGAUUUGGGGCGGCCAAGACGUUGAGCAAUUUUGCGGAAAAGGGGGCUAAUUGCACGGUACUUCCUGAUUUAGAGAAACUUAUCGAAGACUUUUACUGUGAGAAAAAACCAAUAGCCUCCAUGUGCAUUGCGAGUGUGCUUAUAGCGAAAGUUUUUAAAGGUGUCAAAAUUACACUUGGCAAAGACGCACCAGCGACAGACUGGCCGCAUGCAGAGGCGAUCAAAAAGGCCAAAGACAUGGGAGCCAAGGUAGAACUGAAGAACGUGAAAGGAGUAACGAAAUGUAAGAAGUACAAUGUUCUUAGUACACCAGCCUGGAUGUACAAAGCUGGAUCCUAUUCAGAUAUUCAUAUUGGCAUAGGAAAAUUAAUCACUGCCUUGAAGAAAAGCAUCAAUUAA